UUAAAACGACGCAAGGCAAUUAGCGUACAUACAUGGCUCCCACAACUUCCACAGUCGCAGGUCAUCGUAUUUAUAUAAGAAACGCGAAUUCGAAGUCGGAGUUCCACAAAAAAUUGUAGAAUUUGUCAAGUGCAAAAAUUAACAUUCCAUAUUUAUCGCAGCACCUUGUCCUAUUUUUCUGAGAACCAUUUCAGAGGAAUAAUUGCAUUGAAUAGUUGUAUUGUGACCCGAAGAAAGGACAAAUUCCUCCGUUCAUGCAUCAAAGCACGGGACGAGACAUCGAACCAGGGACGACUCGGGGUGUGGGAGAUACAAAGUCCGGUCUAUUCGGGACAAAAUUGGAUCCGCAGUUCAAAGUUUUUGAUAAAGUUUCAUUCAAAAUCCGAAAAUUCAAGAUUCGUCUAAAGUAACAGAUUCGACAAAUUUCUUUUUCAUCUGGGUCCUCCUACACAUAUACAUACGCAACCGAAGAAAUGGCUAACUCGACCGGGUUAGUCAGGUCAAUUUUGAAGGGCACAUUGUCAACAACGAAACGGUUUCGAAUUUCUCCCCUCGACCGACGCUUCCCGUUAGCAGCGCAAUACAUUUCCAAAAGAUUUUAUUCUCCGGAACCUGUACGAAGGUUCUACGGAGAUGUGACCGUGGUGCCAAUUCAGACGGCUUCGAGAGGAAGUCCUGGGACAUGGGGAGUCAAUUUAGACAAACGGGCGCUGCGAACCCCAAGCAAGAAAUUGUUCGAAGUGGAUAAUGAAGCGGUUGCAUUGGCAGUGGCCAACGAAUGGGCAGUUCAAAGGGACAUCGUCAUGUUAAACACAAUGCACAUGACGGCGUUGGCAAAUACGGCAAUAGACAAUCCCUUCAACAAAACUAAAUUCAGUAUAUGCAACGAAAUGCUGAGCUUUCUACCACUGGACACUAUUUUAUACAGAUCUGAGGAAAAUGAACGCUUGUGGGAGUUGCAGCGUGAAUUGUGGGACCCUAACCUUCAAUGGUUUCAAAAGGCGUUUCAGGUGAAGCUUCCCAUUGUUGCAGGAGCUAUAACACCCCCACAUAUUCCUGAUGAGUCCCUGGCUGUCCUCCGAAAGGAACUAAUGUCAUACAGAUUCGAUGCAUUGUUAGGACUUCAAUUUGCUGCGGAAGCUCUCAAGUCAUUAAUUCUUACGAUGGGCGUCUUGAAAAUGCAUUUGAGCACGGAACAGGGUCUCAGGCUUAGUAGGUUGGAAUUGGAUUUCCAGACACAACACUGGGGGAAUGUUGAAUGGUCUCAUGAUUUGGAGAAUUACGAUACAAUGUCUAGAUUUUCAUGUGGAAUGAUGUUCUUCAGUCUCAAUACCUUUGCCCCGUUUCGAUAUAUUGAAAAAGUUGACCCCGAAACAACUUUAGCCUUUGAGAAAAAGAGCACAAGUCACCAUAAGUAAUACGUAUUAUUAUAUUCAUUGUAGUCAAUUGAACCAAUGCAUGCCUUUCACGAAUAUAUCCGUGAUAAUUAAAAUUAAGUAUAUUCAAAAGUUUUGAUUUCCUUGCAAUAACGUUUACAAAUUAAUCUUUUCGAGAAUAUUUUUUACAGGAAAUAUAAAUACACACAUAUGUAAUUAAUUUUUGUUUCG